CAAAAAGUUUCAAUCAAACCCAGCACAGCACAGAGCAGGGGAGCAUCAUACUUGCUGCAAUUCGCAACACCUUUUGCCCAGACACACCUAGCACCACGGCUCCUGUCACUGGCUGCUUGUAAUACUGUAUGGACGCCACGAGACGCAUUUUUAUUGGCGUGUUGCAGCGCUACCAGUGCGCCAGCAGGGCGUGGGGUUCGCCACGCUUCUUUAGUGGUGGACGCCUGCAGCAGCUACUGCAUGAAGCCCAGACGUGCGAUUCCAGCCGCCGUGAGGCAGUUGCCCACUUGCUGCACGAGUGGGACAGCGCCGCUAGCACUACCUCGGCCAAUAAUGCCGGCGCGGGCCAGGGCCAGAUACAGCAGGCGCACGCGCAAGCGCAAGCCAACGAGCUUCUGCGUCUGUGCGCGCGGCAGCAGGCGGUGGACGACGCGAUUAAGGUCAUCGCGGCCAUGGAGCGGCGAGGUGUGACGCCUGAUGCUGACACGUUUACGCAGCUGCACGACGUAUUCUCGUACUUCCCUCAGCCGCUCAAGACCACGAAAACUACAGCCAGCAGCAAGACCUGAGCGGGACAGGGCCCUGGGGCUGCUGUGCAGCAACAGCACAUCCUGUCCAUAUGCCCAGGCUGGUGCUCGCACAUGACGGGAGCCCGUCCGCCAGUGCGCCCUGGACUCGCGCCCAGUCAGACCCAGACUGAUAGCCCUUGAGCUGGGGCCCCGGGGCGAGCUGCGUGGGCGCCAUCACGGACAUGGCCCUGCAGCACGAAUGGAAUGUGAUGGUGUUCAAGCACCCGCUGCCAUCACACAUCGUCUUGCGCUGGCCGCUGGAAUCGUCGGUGCACGGCGGUAGUGGCAUUGACGUGCCUGCUCGCGGUGCAGCGUGCGGUCGCCGACAUGGUUUACCACUGCCCAAGUCCCCGGCCCAGACCCAUGCCGCACAUGCAGACCCACAUGCAGCGGCGCCCAUGCAAUCAGCGCGUGCGACUUCAUACGUCAUGGAAUUUCUGUGGACGGUGCUUGGCGGAUCUCCUUCCGGGCUUGUCUUGCCAGAUUGUUGCUCGCUCAUUGCAUGUGUAUGUGACUUCGGUUAAGCCGGUGCAGUACGUUUGGUCGGAGCAUUGCAGCAGUAUGGCGGUGAGUAUGGUGGUCUGGUAUGUGAACGCGGCCGCAUGUGCCGGGCUGGCAAGCAGGGAUGCGUGUAUGUACCGGAUAUUAGGGCUGAACCGGACGCGGAUCCUUACUAGAUUCCGGUAGGUUGUAGCGUGGAAUGGCAGACGCCCUGUCAUUGAGACAGUCACCAGUGGUUGAGGGAGGUGUAAAAGUAAGGAGCA